AUCACAUUUCUUCGCCAUUCUCCAACCUCGCUCUAGCACCAGUAAUUUGUCUCUAGCCCUCACAUCACAGACACAAUCUCAACUUUCAACCAUGGCUGUCAGCUUCCUCGCCAUCUUCGCAGGCCUCAUCGCCUUGACCGCAGCCUACCUGUACGUUUUCGGCAUCUCACCUGAGCUAAAGCGCAAGAUGGAGCGCGAGGCACUCAAGACCAUGGGCGAGAAUAAGCUGUCUUACAUGACCAAGGAUGCCAUUGACAAUGUUCCUGCCUCCGACCAAGAGAACAUCAAGACCCUCAAGAAGGGCCUCGGCAACCUGGCCGGUGGCGCUACCCAGAACCCCAUUGGCGAGCAAACUGGUGAAGCUGCGGACACUCUGACCCGUCCCUUUACUGGUCGCUAAUGCCCCUUCUUUGUACAGUUCACGCAGUCACCCAAGCCAGGGAUUCGGCGUCGAACUCUACCAAGAACGUGUGGCUUGACUGGGACACGGUCCAGAGCUAUCCCAAAGCUGCGCUUGACCGUGUCUCGGCAGUGACGAGCAAGACUCAGGAUACUGCCCAGUACUAUGUUCCAAAAAAGGCGGAGUGAUGAUGUGAUGAUGUUUGGGUGGAUGAGCGACUGGUUGUCUUUGAUGAGCGUUCUCGUUGUUUGGAUAUGAUUCUGACGCAUCUCUUUUCUUCUUCCGGUGGCUACAACCACCUCUCACGACCUCGAUGGCCCCUUUGUAAUAACACUCAAGAUCUCAUGUACCUCAACUGUUCAAUCAAUGUCUUGAUCUCU